CUGAGCUCCAGUUUCCGUGGAAACCCACAGGCUUCCCACCCACUGCUGCCUGGGCAGGCUCCCAGCUGGGGCCUCAUGCUCUGCCAGCCUCUCCUCCCCAGUCCAGUCUGCUCCACCCUCAGCCCGUCUUGGCCCCUUCCCUGACUCUCCAUCCCCAAGCCCAGCCUCUGGCCUCUUCCAUUAGGUUCUAAUGCCUUCUUAAGGAACCUGGGCCUCUCCUGCCCCAUCCCUAAACUUCAGCUUCUCAGCAAACAGGCUUCCCAAGCUCCUGCCCCUCCCUCUCAGGCCUUUCUAGCCUCCUUACCAGCUCCCAGGCCUAGCCAGGCCUCCUGCUCCUGCCCACCUAUCACCUCCCACAGACCAACAGACAACAGGUCUCCUAGGCUAUUCUGUCCUCUUGCUCCCCUGCCCCACCCCACCCAUGGAGACCCCAGGACUGGUUGUGCACGGGGAGGCUGCACCCUUUUCCACAGCACUCCGAAGCCUUCUCAACAAUCCCCAAUACAGUGAUGUUUGCUUUCUGGUCGGUCAAGAACGGCAGGAGGUGUUUGCCCACCGGUGCUUGUUGGCCUGUAGAUGCAACUUCUUCCAACGACUUCUGGGUCCGAAGCUGGGCUCUGGCAUGCCUAGCCCCGUGGUGCUAAGCACUGUGCCAGCUGAGGCCUUCCUGGCAGUGCUGGAGUUCCUGUACACUAACAGCGUCAGGCUACACCGCCACUCUGUGCUGGAGGUGCUGACCGCGGCUAUAGAAUACGGGCUGGAGGAACUGCGAGAGCUGUGCCUGGAGUUUGUGGUGAAGGUGCUGGAUGUGGAACUGGUUUGUGAGGCCUUGCAGGUUGCUGUAACCUUUGGCCUGGGACCGCUGCAGGAGCGUUGCAUAGCCUUCAUAGAGGCCCACAGCCAGGAGGCGCUCCGGACCCGCGGGUUCCUGGAGCUGUCGGCGCCAGCGUUGCUGUCCCUGUUGCGCAGCGACAAGCUCCGCGUGGACGAGGCUGAGCUCGUUCUGGCGGCCAGGAGCUGGGCACGCGUGGGUGCGGCUGUGCUGGAGCGGCCGGUGGCCGAGGUGGCGGCCCCGGUGGUGCGGGAGCUGAGACUGGCUUUGCUGGCCCCGGCGGAGCUGAGUGCCCUGGAAGAGCAGAACCAGCGGGAGCCGCUCAUCCCGGUGGAGCAGAUCGUAGAGGCGUGGAAAUGCCACGCUCUGCGAAGAGGGGAUGCGGCCCGGGGCGCCCCGUGCCGCCGCCGGAGGGGAACCCUGCCCCGGGAGCAUCACUGCUUUCUGGACCUGCCCUUUAAGUGACCAAAGGCCGCGGUUUGCAAGGAAUUCUGGGCCUGUCCCAAGCUACAACUCCCGACGUGCCUAGUGCUCGGAGCCGACUUCCGCCCCCAGCAUGCCCUGCGAGCCGGGCGCUGGAAGGGUGACUGUCGCCCGGCUCUGCGCCCUGUGGGUGGGGCUCUGGGGGUGGGGAGUGGGUGUGGGCUUGGGCGGGGCCCAAAAGCGAUUUCCCUUACACUUUACCCUGACUCUACCCUGGCCCUCUGGCCGCGCAGGCCUGCCGCGUUUACUUUUAUAAUCCCCACGUUUUUCGGAUCAACUCCCUCUUUAAUUCCAGAGCUACCUCCUAGAGAGCGCUCUCUAAAUGCCCCACAGACACCUCAGACUCAAUCCAAAAUUGGGCUGCCUCAUCUUUCCCCAGUUCUGCCCCCAUCGUGUUUCUCAUCUCUGUGAGUGUCUAAGCCAGAAACCUGCAUCUCAGCUUUGCCUUGUUCUUCAUCCUCACAUCUGCCUCCCGUGACUUCUGCCUUCUAAGACACUGAAGGGUAGUAAAAUGUGCCAAUCCAAAAUACGCCUCUUUGAGCUAAGGAUUAUUUUAAGCUGAUUAUUUUGAGAAGAAGUGGAAGCUCUGGAAACAAUAGAAUUUACCCUUUUGUAAGGGAGAUUUAUAAUUAAAAAGGGAAUCUCCAUUAGUAAGGGCGUCUCCUCCGUACCAGGAAAAGAAGGAUGAUCAACUCACAAGAUUUUAGUGGAGAAGGCACCCACUGAAAUCUGCUUAACAAGCCUUACCUUAUGUGUUUUUCCUGGUAGCAUUCUCCUAACUGUCCUCCCUACACUUUUCUUUCAUCCUUAACUGAAGAUGGUCUUUCAGCAGGUAUUUUAGACCACCUCAGGGAGUUACUCAUUUUUCCCUGGGUAUCUCCCAUGUACACAAGAGGUAUACAUAUUAAUAAACUUGUUUUUCUUUUGUUAA